AUGCUUAAAUCCUCGGAUGAGAGUGAGAAAAAGAACUUGGCUAGGAAGGUUAAAGAUUCAGAAAUUGGUGUCCCAAUUGUGUACGGUAAUAUCGCAUUUUGGCUUGGGAAGAAGGCGAGCGAGUACCAGUCUCAUAAAUGGACGGUUUAUGUUCGCGGAGCAGGAAAUGAGGACCUGGGCGUGGUGAUAAAGCGUGCUGUUUUCCAAUUGCAUUCCAGUUUUAAUAACCCAACUAGGAUUGUUGAAAGCCCUCCUUUCGAGUUAUCUGAGUCCGGAUGGGGUGAAUUUGAAAUUAUCAUCACUCUUCAUUUCCACAGUGACGUUACUGAUAAUCCAUUGCACUUGUAUCAUCAUUUGAAGUUAUACCCAGGGGAUGAGUCUGGUCCUAUGUCCACUAAGAAGCCUGUUGUCGUGGAAUCCUAUGAUGAAAUUGUUUUCCUUGAGCCUUCAGAGGGUUUCUUAUCACGUGUGAAAAAUCACCCUGCAGUUAUUGUGCCUAGACUACCUGCCGACAUUAUUUUGCCUCCUGUGCCAAUGGAGGAUGUUGACAAAAGGAAGAGAGGUGAUGCCAAUGAUCAUCCCUUGAGCCAGUGGUUUGACAAUUUUUCUGAGGCAGAUGAACUAUUAAUACUUGCUGGUGCUCGCCAACAGGUGCAAGCUCAAAUUGCGAGACUCAGAAGGCAGUUGAGUUUGGUGGACGGGCAGCCUCCACAGCUGAAAGCUGCCUCCGACCUGUAA